CCAUCACAAUUUUUCUUCUUCGCUUCGCCUUUCAACCUGCAAUUUGGUUUUCAUUUUGUUAAUUUGGUUGGAACGCGAUUCAAACGAUGGCCGGCUUGCAGUUGAAGGUUGAGGAGGUUCCGCCGGAGGAGAGCAGCGAUGUGAUUGUGAUACCGGAUCGGGAGGAUGAUGACAUAUGUGAGCUGGAGCACUUGCGUAAGCUGUUCAUCGGCGGACUGGCCCCCUACACCACCGAGGAGGGCCUGAAGGUCUUCUACGGCCAGUGGGGCAAGGUGGUCGAUGUCGUCGUGAUGCGCGAUGCGGCCACCAAAAGGUCACGGGGCUUUGGGUUCAUCACCUACACAAAGUCCAUCAUGGUGGACAGGGCCCAGGAGAACCGGCCGCAUGUCAUUGACGGCAAAACUGUGGAGGCCAAGAGAGCUCUGCCCCGACCUGAACGCGAAACCCGCGAGACCAAUAUAUCCGUGAAAAAGCUCUUUGUUGGCGGUUUGAAGGACAACCACGAUGAGGAUUGCCUGCGGGAGUACUUUGUCCAGUUUGGACGCGUGAUCUCCGUUAAAUUACUCACUGACAAGACCACCGGCAAGCGGCGCGGUUUUGCCUUCAUCGAGUUUGAUGACUACGAUGCCGUGGACAAGGCCAUUCUUCAAAAGCAGCAUUCUAUUAAGUACGUGCACGUGGACGUCAAAAAGUCCAUUUACAACCUGGAGAAGAAGGACAAACAGCAGCCGGGUUCCUUGGCGAACGGCAACAAGCCGCCGAUGAAUCAGCAGCAACCACAACAGCAUCAGCAGCAACAACCACCUCCGCCGCAGCAGCAACAGCAGCCGCAUAAUGGCAACAUGCCGGUGCCAGGCUAUCGUCCACCUGUUCCGCCGCCCCAGGUGAUGCCUCCCUACCACCAGCAGCAGCCACCGCCGCCCCCGAUGAACGCCCCGCCGCCCAACUACAACUACUGGGGACCUCCGCCGCCGCCCAUGCAGUCCUACUACCCACAGCCGCCGCCUCCCCAGAUGAACGCCUGGGGUCCCUAUCCGCCGGUACAAAAUGGCUGGAAUGCACCACCGCCGCCGCCACCCGGAGCCCAGCAAUGGCAUCCCGGCCAGUGGGGCUGUCCGCCGCCCGUGCAACAGGUGCCGCCGGCCGGGGCAGUGCCACCGCCCAUGGGCCACAACGGACCGCCACCGCCGGCUCCUGGCAACUGGAAUAUGCCGCCCAAUGCACCGCCACCCGUGCCGGGAGCUCCGCCGCCACAGGGACCGCCUCCGCAGCAGCAGCCACCGCCACCCAAUUUCGGCAGCGGCUAUCAGCAAAACUACGGCGGAGGACCGGCCAAGCACAAUAGCAUGAAUGCGAAUCGCAUGAAUCCCUACGCGGCAGCGCCGCCCAACAAUUACCAUAAUCCCCAACCGCCAGCAUAUCCGCCGUACAAUGCACCGCCGCCCAAUGGAAGCGUACCGCCUCCCACUGGCGCCAAGGCGGUGGGCGUGUCCAACGGCUCGGUGGCCACCGGCGGCAGUGCCAACAGCAAGUAUCGCCGCUAAAAGGGGGUGAGUAGAU